AUGUUUGAAAGAUCGAAAGCCGUUAUACCUCCAAUCAACAGUGUUUUUAAUUUUUUACAGCAACAAACUUUAGUAUCGUUUUGGUUAUAUGAACAAGUAGGAUUUAGAAUUAGAGGGAAAGUUGCUGGUUUUGAUGAGUUUAUGAACGUAGUGAUAGACAACGCAAUUGAAAUACCAGUUGAUGCUGAGACUGGGAUUGAAAGGGUAACUGAUGGAAAAAAACUUGGAAGAAUACUUUUAAAGGGCGACAACAUUACUUUAAUAACGACAGUCGAUGAAAAUUAA